AGGAUACGAACGUGACAUCGAAGCCGUCCGCGGGAACCAUAUCUAGUUAGAAGUUAGUCUUACUUUCUAGUAUAGUCAUCUUUAGAUUAAAAAAUGCACAAGAAACAAGACAACGGGAACAAACCAAAGAAGGCUCACAGCCAUGCUGAUGCCAGAUCUGCUGCAAAAUUAGAGAAAAGUUCUCAUCGCGGGGUAAGCCGGCAAACUAAGAGCGACACCAACGUGAACGUCAAAAAAACAAGAAAGAGAAUAGAUUCAUUCAGCCACGCAAUCUACGAAAAUGCCUCCAAAAUAUUCCAGCAUUUGAAGGGACAGAUCACCUCAUCUGAACUACCAGUGUUUGAAGACGAUCUGGAAAGAAGGAGAGCGUACAGUUUGGCUUUUGGAGCGAAGAGAUAUGAGAAAGUUCUUGAUGACGUUUUACUUGACAGCUAUUUCUUUUCAAGUUAUUUUAAGUUUGAAACGUACCACAAGCACAGGGUGAUGGUUUUACUUAUAGACUAUCAACAAAAUGGAUUUUUCUUUGGAAAUGAAAGAAAGAAAACUGUAAUAAAUGAAGCUGAUGUUCUGCCAGAUAUUCAAGAAAUCCAAGAAGCUCUAAUCUCACAUAGAACAAAGUUACGAGCAGCAUUGGCUCGUAGCAGAAUAAGAGACUGUGCAAUAAGUGUUGAAGCUCUCCUACCCAAAGAAGAGCAAGAAAAGAUCCAAUAUGCUGCAGCUCAGCCAGUGUAUGCAAGGAUCAACACUUUGAAAACUACUUUAGAUGAGGUGUUGGAGACACUAAAAGCAGAUAGAUUUUCCCUUGAAGCAAAGCUACCGGAGGAUGAGGAAAUGAUGCAGGGCAAAAGUUUUUGUAGAGAUGAACAUUUUGAGAACUUGUUGGUGUUUUCUCAAGAAGCAAAGUUUGAUUUACAUGGGCAUACAUUGGUUCAAGAUGGACAUCUUGUUAUACAG